UGUGUUGAUGGUGUGGAACCUGCUUGGGAUUCUUUUUCUCUCUGUCUCUCCCCCCCCCCCCCCACCCCUCCCCUACUGGUGUUCUCUCUCACGAAAUCGUUGGAAAAAAAAAAUGAUAGCUACUUUACUGAAUGCCUGUCAAUUCACUUGAUCUUUCCCUAAAUCAAGGUAGGUGUGUCCCCUUUGGUCAGGCACCCUUAAAAUCCAUUGCCACAUAUUCUCCCCAGGUUUUUCUAACAGUUUUUAGAAUAUUAAAAAAUUUUAUUUUGAGUAUGAUUACACACUUGCUGAUUCUGAUUCUGCAUAGCACCCUCUGGCUCAUGUUGAGGCUGACCCCUGGUCUUGGGAAGACACAGUAAGACCUAGAACACAGGAGAGAAGAAUUUUGUUUUCCUUAGGCAAAGGGAACACUAAAAAUCAUUCCUCUCCUGAUUGUAGCCCUAGAUCAUGCAGAUAAACUGUAUGUUCUUUGUAGUAUCCGUUUAGAAGACGUCUGUUCAUUUGAAGCCAGUCAAAAUGUAGGGUGGUGUUGGGUUGGACAGUUGAAGGCCCCAGGUGGGUGGACAUGGCAUCUCCAGGGGACCCUCCUCCUCCCUGACCUGCCCUCAUCCUUGGCAUCCCCUGCGGGAACAAGAAAAGGGUAGGGCCUGUUGAGGGAAGUGGAGCUUCGAGUUUCAACCCAGUGCUUUGUUUUUAUUUAUUUAUUUAUUUAUUUAUUUAUUUAUUUAUUUAUUUAUUAAUUAUUCUUUUUUCUUCCCCCAGUGCUUUGUUUUUAAAAGGACGCCCCCUUUUCCGUCUUGCAAUACUCCGUCUGGUGGUGGGUUAGCUGGCUGGGGAGGGGCUUGGGGGUUCAGGAAUCGCUGUCCUGCAUCUUGGGGAGCCCACGCCGUCCACCGUGGAGCCCCAGGCUGGGUGGGUGACCCCACAGCAAUAUGUGGGGGAAGCAUAAUUACCCCUUUUGAAACUGAGUCUUGGGGGGUGCCAGGAUUUUGUUUUUGUUUGUUUUACUUAGGGACUUUACCACGUGGCAGAGCCAGGAUUCAAACUGCUUUCUGCCUUACUAAGUCUUCAAUUUACUCUCUCCCCUCAGGGAUCCUAUUAUCUAUGGCUUCCAAGAAAGUGUCUACCUGUGGUGAACAUUUCAGGCCAGAAAAAUUAAAAGAAUGGCCAGAGCUGGAGUCAGUUGCUUUAAUGGAGGCGUUAGCUAGAGAAGACAUUGAUGAAGCUGUACAUGCAAUAUUAUUUAGAGAAAAUUACAUUGCCAAGGUUAUGUUGCCUUUGUUUUGUGAUUCCCCGUUUAGAAGAUGGCAAGAGAUGGAUGAAGAGAAGAGAGCUGUUUUUCAAAAUAAGGCAGGAAAACGAUACACCUUAAAAGAAUGUAAAGACCUAGAGAAGGCCAGGCUUUGUGCCACAUUGCCCCAUUUCACUUUUACUCUACAUGAUGUUAUUCUAGAGUGGCAUAAAGCCUCUGCGAGAUCUGUGAGAAACAAAACACCUAGUAAAUGCAGUGGUGCACCAGUUCACAUUUCCACCAACAAUACCAUUUUUGAAAGGCAAUUUCAUUCCUCAAAGCUCAGCCAGGAGAAUGGAAGGGAAGAGAGGAAUUGUGUGGUGAGCAGAGAUCUGGGGGAGCAGGGCUGGGAUGGCACAAGUUGCAACAUGCACAAGAUGACAGGCAUUGAUUUUGGAAUUUGAGCCAUUGACACAUCCCUCCUUGUGACACAGGUUCCCCAGGGUAGACAAGGCAGGAGGCAAAAAAGGGAGUGGAAAGGAUGUUGCAGAAGAUUUACUUCAUGCACAGGAAAUGGUGGGGUUGCCUCUGGGCUUGGUGCUGCUGCGCCCUGUGGCAGGGAGUCUGGGGUUUGGAAACUCAGAAAAGGUGCACAUCGUGGGACCCCGGAACCUGCUUUGGAGGACAGAUUGUGUCCUCACGAGGUUCGAGGUGCCAGACAGCACAGACCACAACCCUGGGCGCCUGGGGAAGGCCAGUGUAGGUGGGGGUCACAGCCCGUGUUAAGAAGAAUGAUGAUGGCAAAAGUCCUGGGGCGGCACCCAGCCUCCCUGCAGCUGGGGUUCAGGCAUGGCUGCCGGGAACGGUGCCAUCUGUAAGGAGGCCAUGGUAACAAAGCUUCGCUGAGUUUUACUUCCUCAUUUGUGUGCCAACAGUUAAAAUGCUGCCAACGGGUUUUCUCUCUCCAGAAGUGUAAGAUGUUGCAAGCAGUAACAAACAAUAAUAGUUACUGUUUAUUGAGCUGUUGUGAACUAGGAACUGUGUGAGAAAUUUUUUAUAUUAAAAAAAAAUUUAAGUUUAGUUAUUUAUUUUGAGAGACAGAGAGUACUAGUGGAGGAAGGGCAGAGAGAGACAGGGAGUGAGAAUCCUAAGCAGGCUCCACGCUCUCAGCAAAGAGCCCGAUGGGGGGCUUGAACUCACGCACUGUGAGAACACGACCUGAGCUGAAAACAAGAGUUGGAAGCUUAACUGACUGAGCCACCCAGGAGCCCUGGAACUGCGUGAGGUAUUUAUAUUCAUGUAAAAGUUUUCACAGCAAAAUGACAGCAUGAUCUCCCCUUACGUGAAGCUUGGAGAGGGGUUGAGUAACUUGUUCAAUGUCAGCUGCACGGCUGAAAGUGGUGGUGGUCUCGAUUCCAAGUCUAGGCCGUCUAGUGCCAAAGCACCGGUCCAAUCGCCAGAACACACACCCACUCAGACUCUGUCAUGUCAGUCAAAUUGCUCAGGGUUUCGGUCCCUUUCAGAGAGUGGUUAUCCUGUUGGCGUGCCGCAGAGUCCUGAUUCUGAAGAGCACUGGGGGGCGGGGGAGGGGGUCGGUGGUGGCUUGCUGGGCAUCUCUCCUAUCUGCUCAGUCCUUCUCCAGGCGACGCAGGGAGUCUAAGGGCACACCCUCCUCCCUCAUCCUUCAGAAAAUUAGGCUCAUGUUUCAGUCAGGAGACAACUUCAUUUCUUAAGAGGCAGAGCUGCAGUCCCAGGUCAAUGCAGGUGACUGGAGUUGUGAGGAGCAUGGACAUUGAAUGUCCUCUGGAGUUUUGUAGAAGUCUGACUCACCUCCUGCAGGCUCCUCUGUCCUAAAUCUGAAAAGAACCCUGACACAUGUAGACAUGGGGAAAUGGCAGUAGCCACAGUUCAUCCCAGGGAGAAUUCAAGUCCCUGCUGUCCUGGGAAAAGGAUUAUCCUUUAGCUCGGGUCACAAGUAAACCCACAACUGGUUUUAAACUGGCCUUGGCUCAUCAGAGACUGUCUCAGGCUUUGGAACUCAGCCAGUCAGAGGCAGACUUAUUGGACAUCGACCCACACCUGCCUUCAAGACCCUAUAGAAGAUCAGCAAUUUGCUUUGCUCAGUGUGGCUGCACCUGACCAGCCAAACUUUCCCUUAAUUAAUACAUUCAGGUGUUUUGGUUUCAGAUGUUGAGUGGCGUCUCUUCUAUUGACACUGGCCAUAUUUCUUUUACAUCUAAGUUUUAAUAAAUAAGUGCCCAGGAUUAAUACCCAGAAUGGCAGAUUUUUUUUUUUUUAACUUGAACAUUCUGAGUUAUGUUUUCCAGCCCUUCUUUGCUCAGUGGUUAUGUUUAGACAGAAACGGGGGCUGUGGUGGAGGGACAUUUGAAUCUUUCCUGUUCUUCCAGCUCCCUAAGACGUGCUCUCUGAGAAUCAAGGCUCCUAUAGCCUGCGUGGUUCCUUCUAAAAAGCAGAUCUUUUUCCAGUUGUACUCAUUAACCCAGGAAUUUAGUGGGUAAGACCUGAUUUUUGUCAAUGUUCAAAACAAAUCUCCCACUACAAAAUCCAGAGCCCAAACCAGCAGCGCUGACAGGUGUGGAUGUGGGUCUGACAGGACAGGGGACAGGGAGAGACAGGUGCUUCUGGAGCUGGAGGCCGAGGGCCUGCUGAAGAUGUUUAAUGCCUGUGUAUUUUCUUGACUCUGAAGUUACCUCUGAGGUUCUUGCUCAACCAAGUAGGCAGAAGGACUCAAGAAGGUAUGGUCUUACUCCCACAGAGAUCAGCAGUCUAGCCAUCAGUGACACCAUGCCCCAGAAACCGUAGGUCAAUUUACUAGAGUCAUGGAGCAAGUCAGAGUCAAGACGAGGCUCCAGGGCCUCCUAGGCACCACACCCUCCCUCCCCCACCCCCUCUUGGUUUUUGCCACUGUCACAGAAAGGAAAUUUGGUUUCACUACAAGCAACCCCUGAACUUACCUUUCAA